CAAGCCUGGGUAGGACUAAGAAUGGUGGAAGGCCUGGUUCCUGCGGGUGCAAUCGUUGUGGAUGUUCUUAGCAAAGAUAACUAUGAGCAUUGGAGUGCGUUGGUUAAAAAUUACUUGCUGGCUCAAGACCUCUGGGACGUAGUGGAGGCUACAGCUGAACCUCCUGUACCAGAAGAAGCUGAUCAGUUCAUCGGGAGGAAGAAGACUGCCGCGGCUUUACAUGCAAUCCAAAUUUCGUGUGGGCCGGAUGCGUUUUCGGUGAUUAAGGAGAUCAGUUCAUCCAAAAUUGCUUGGGAUAUUUUGGCCCAAACGUUCAAGCCACAGCUAUGGAGAUCUGUUCAGUCUGCAAACUCAUCAAACAACCCAGAUGAGAACAAUGAUCUCCGUCGUUUCUUUGCUGCUGUUAAGAUCGGUGAUUGGGAAGAAACGAAUAACAUUCUUAGAGGAAAUCCCAAUGCAAUAAGAGCAAGAUCUUCAACAGGAGAGACAGCUCUUCACAUUGCAACCAAGUUGGGAGAUGAGAAUAUGGUGGAAAAGUUGGUGGAUUUGAUGACAGCUGAAGACUUGGAGAUACAAGAUUUUGGUUGGACAGCUCUUCAUCUUGCUGCAAGAUUAAGUCUCAAAAUGGUUAAAUGCAUGGUUGGAAGGAACAUGAAUCUCAAUCUACUUGGUAUGGUCGAAGAGUCCCACGGUCUGACACCAAUUCUCUUCGCUGCUAAAAAUGACUUAUGGGAUAUCGUUCAUUAUCUGUAUCCCCUCACUCCGAUCGAAGACCUAAUGCCAGAGAAUGGCCCUUAUGGCGCUGGACUUGUUUGCUUUUGUUUCUAUGCCAAACAAUUUGAUAUUGCCUUGGACUUACUUCAGCGCUACCCACGAUUGGCCAUUACUAAAGGCCCGACGGGCGAAUCCCCUAUAUUUGUAUUGGCAGAUAUCCCUUCUGUAUUCCCGAGUGGGACGCCGCUCAAAUUCUGGCAACGGUGGAUCUAUGACUGUAUACACAUACAGCCUCCUGCUAUCCCUGAUGUUAGUGUAAAUGUUCAAAAUCCAGAAAUUGAACUGGGUAGCCAAAGAAAUAUCAGUUUCUCAGGUUUAUUGCAGGGGCUUUCUUCUACCCUCCACAACCUUUUAGGGAUCAACCACAUAUGUGAAAUGAAAUUGAUCCAUGAUCGCUCGCUUUAUAUUUUGGACCACAUGGUAAAUAAAGCGGUAAAAGAUGUAGAUAUCCAAGAAAGGGAAGAUGGCCUUGUCUAUGAAGCAGUAUUCCAAGCUGUCCGAAGAGGGAUUAUUGAGUUCGUUAUCCGUUUAUGUAAAGUAGAUCCGGAUGUAUUGUGGCGAAACAAUUCAAUGGGAAGGAACAUAUUUCACUAUUCAAUUGAGUGUCGCCAGGAAAAAGUUUAUAGCCUUAUAUAUGGGGUUCGUCAAAGAAAUCUUAUUUCAACAUUUUCAGAUGCUUUUGGAAAUGAUAUGCUACAUCUUGCAGGGAUGCUAUCUCCAACGGAAAAACUUGAUCGUAUUUCAGGUGCAGCCUUGCAAAUGCAGAGAGAAAGACAAUGGUUCAAGGUUAGAUAUCUUCGUUAUGUAUCUUUCUUGUAAAUUAAUUGUAUUUAGAGCUAGAUGUGGGAUGUUAGGUGCUCGAGCGGCAGCUUAUAGAUGUCGUUAUGGGUUGGUAUGUUGUGGAAGAAACAUAUACAAAUAGAGUAGUAACUUCAAAAGCUCUAAAGUUUCCCCCAGACAUGUAGAUAUGAGCUAGAUUUUUUGCUUAUCUUAGAAAUCUUCAUCUUCCUUCACUCUUGUUUUCUAUAUUUGGUGCCAAAUAAAUUUGUUUUUUUAA